AUGGAAGGAGCAGACAGAGGUAGUAAUAUAGAGGUAGGCGAUAUUGUAUAUGAGCCUCCGAGAGAUGGCCCGACAUUGUGGGAAAUAGGCAUUCCUGAUCGUUCUGCUGCAGAGUUUUACGUACCUGAUCCUGAUCUAUUCCUUCGUCUUAGUUUAAAGGAUAUGACAAACAGGGCCUAUAUUCCUAUUUUUCCAGCAUCAGAGGACUUUCAAUCAUCAGACCAACGGGGUAAUGUUAAUGGAAGACUAUUGGUUCGAGACAAGUAUGUUAGUGAUGAUUAUAUUCCGGGAAACAGUGCAUAUGUUGGAUUGGCCCCUCCGGGGGAGGUUGGAUCAUGGCAAAGAGAAUGCAAGGACUACCAAUUUUGGUCAAGAGCAGACGAAGAAGGCUAUUUCUCGAUAAACAAUAUACAUACGGGCAACUACAAUCUUUAUGCAUGGGUCCCUGGCUUCAUUGGCGAUUAUCGAAAUGAAGUUGCCUUUACAAUAACUCCAGGUAGUAAUAUAGAGGUAGGUGAUAUUGUAUAUGAGCCUCCGAGAGAUGGCCCGACAUUGUGGGAAAUAGGCAUUCCUGAUCGUUCUGCUGCUGAGUUUUACGUACCUGAUCCUGAUCCGAAAUAUGUUAACAAACUUUUUGUCAAUCAUCCAGACAGGUUUCGGCAAUAUGGACUAUGGGAUAGGUAUUCGGAGUUGUAUCCUGGUGAAGACUUGGCCUACACCGUUGGCUUGAGUGACUAUCGAAAAGAUUGGUUUUUUGCGCAGGUUAACAGGAAAAAUGAUAACAAGUACGAAGGAACCACAUGGCAGAUCAAGUUCAAACUCGACACUGUCAACGAAGCCGGAGUUUAUAAACUGCGUGUGGCACUUGCAUCUGCAAACUUAGCUGAACUGCAGGUUCGAGUUAAUAAUCCAAAUACAAAUAGGCCAUUAUUCUCAAGCGGCUUGAUUGGGAGGGACAACUCGAUUGCCAGACACGGAAUUCAUGGAUUAUAUUGGCUUUACAGUGUAGACAUAAAGGGAGCUAUACUUGUGCAAGGGGACAAUACCGUGUACUUGAAACAACCAAGGAAUGCAAGUCCUUUCCAAGGACUCAUGUAUGAUUACAUUCGACUCGAAGCUCCCCCGAACUAG